CACCUAACAAUACUAAUGUAGCAGAAGCUGCACAUGCUUUAAAUAAUCAAUGUGAAAAAGGAUAUAAAUUAGAUAAAGAAAGAUUUACAAUGAUUAAUAUUCAUCAGCAAUAUAAUAUACCUCAACAAGGAUUUACUGAAUCUGAAGACACUAAUGAAAGCAGUAAUGAAGGAAGUUCAAAAUCUGACAAGCUAGAAUACUUAGAACAAAAAUUGGCAUUAAAAGAAUGUGAACUUGAUUUGCAAGAAAGAGGCAAAAGUUCAUUCAAUUGA